CUUAUCGCUCUCCCUCCAAAACUUUGGAAACUCUCACAUACUCGUGUAGGGUUAGGGUUUUGCUUGCUCUCUCUGCUCCUAGGGUUUCCAAAUACGUUCAAAAUCGUGAGAAAAAAGUGAGAGAUUCUGCAGGAAUGGCGAGGUACAGAAGCGGGAGCAGAAGCCACAGCCCUCGCCGGAGGAGCCGAACCCCCCCGCGCGGCCGCAAGCGGUACGACGACGAGCCUCGCGAUCGAUACCGCGAAGGCAGGUCGUACAAAGACCGUCGCUCCCCUGCUCCUUCUGGCUUGCUCGUCCGCAAUCUUCCCCUUGACGCUAGGCCAGAAGAUCUAAGGAACCCAUUCGAGCGGUUUGGCCCUGUGAAGGAUGUGUAUCUACCGAAGAACUACUAUACUGGGGAGCCACGAGGCUUUGGAUUUGUCAAGUACCGUUAUGGUGAAGAUGCUGCUGAAGCAAAACAGCAACUGAACCAUACAAUUAUUGGUGGACGUGAGAUUAGAAUUGUGUUUGCUGAGGAGAACAGAAAAACACCUCAAGAAAUGCGUACGACUUCCCGCGGAAGUAGCCGGCAUGGAGGAAGCAAUAGAAGGAGAACUCCACCAAGGUCCCCUCGACGCCGAUACCGCUCUUACUCAAGGUCACCUACACCAGCUAGGCAUGACUCAAGGGACCGUGUGGCUCGGGAUGAUUAUCUUUCUCCAGUGCGAUCUAGGUCAAUUUCACGAUCUCCUUCUCCACGUGAUGAGAGGGACUACAGAAGGUCCUUGAGUCCAAGGGAAAACGGUCGGAGUCCCCAUGAUGAGAGGAAUUAUGCACCAAACAGGUCACUGAGUCCGAGGGGUAAUGAUCGCAGUCCUUUGAGAUCUCGGUCACGAUCCUACAGUCCUCGCUGAUGGUUGUCCUAUGAUGCUCUUUGCUGGUUCAGAGCGCACUUUGAGCAUUAAUUUGGCUGGAUGAAAACUGUGUAAUAUUUUGAGAGGGAAUGAACAGUGUCAGACUUAUGUUAUGGUUGUGUUUUGUCGGAUUUAGUCCUUUUUGUUAAUUAAGUGUUGCUUUUGACUUUUGGAGGAGCAUCAAAACGUUUAUAUGGUUGGUUUGGUUCUUGAACAUCAUUCCCGGCCUUGGGGUACAAAGUAAAGUCCUGCUUGACCAAGCCACCAUUAGCAACUGUGGGAAUAGAUCAAUUGGUGUACAAAAUGCAAACUGUAGUUUUUUGUUUUCAGUUAUUUUGGCAUAAUGUGUUUGUAAACUACAUACAAUUUAUCUCCUAUAUAAGUGGUGAUUGGUUCUA